CCCUGCUGACGCUCUUCUCUAGCAGAAACCCCGUAGUGCAGCACAACAGCGCCAUUCGAUAACUGCAACAGAAUCCAAAAUGGCAGGAGCUGAUGGAGACGACUCUCUCUACCCUAUCGCCGUUCUCAUUGAUGAAUUGCGAAAUGAGGAUGUUCAGCUGCGGCUGAACAGCAUCAAGAAGCUGUCCACCAUAGCCCUGGCCCUUGGUGUUGAGAGGACUCGCACUGAACUCCUUCCUUUCCUCACAGACACCAUCUAUGAUGAAGAUGAGGUGCUCUUGGCCUUGGCUGAACAGCUCGGCAAUUUCACUAUGUUGGUGGGAGGACCAGAGUACGUUCACUGUCUCUUGCCUCCUCUGGAAAGCCUUGCCACAGUGGAGGAGACAGUAGUCAGAGAUAAAGCAGUGGAGUCCCUGCGGAAGAUCUCUCAGGAGCACUCUCCAGUUGACCUGGAGGUCCAUUUUGAGCCUUUGGUCAAGCGGUUGGCCAGUGGUGACUGGUUCACCUCUCGCACAUCUGCCUGUGGCCUCUUUAGCGUUUGUUAUCCUCGUGUCUCCAGCACUGUCAAGGCUGAGAUCCGCCAGCAUUUUCGCACCCUGUGCUCAGAUGACACUCCCAUGGUGCGUCGAGCUGCAGCAUCUAAACUAGGGGAGUUUGCCAAAGUCUUGGAGCUGGAUUAUGUAAAAAGUGACAUCAUUUCCCUCUUCACUGCUCUGGCCUCUGAUGAGCAGGACUCAGUGCGGCUGCUUGCAGUGGAAGCUUGUGUCAGCAUUGCCACCCUGCUGCCUCAGGAGGACCUGGAGACUCUGGUAAUGCCAACCCUGCGCCAGGCUGCAGAAGACAAAUCCUGGAGGGUCCGCUACAUGGUGGCUGAUAAGUUCUCUGAGCUUCAGAAAGCAGUGGGACCAGAGAUCACCAAGAACGACCUGGUCCCAGCCUUUCAGAAUCUCUUGAAGGACUGUGAAGCUGAGGUCCGUGCCGCUGCUGCCAACAAAGUCAAAGAAUUCUGUGAGAAUCUCCCAGAGGACAGUCGUGAGCAAAUCAUCAUGACUCACAUUCUGCCCUGCGUCAAGGAACUUGUUUCAGACACCAACCAGCAUGUGAAGUCAGCUCUGGCCUCGGUCAUUAUGGGCCUUUCAACCAUCCUGGGCAAGGACAACACAAUAGAGCACUUGCUGCCUCUCUUCCUGGCUCAGCUCAAGGACGAGUGCCCCGAGGUGCGUCUCAACAUCAUCUCCAACCUAGACUGUGUGAACGAGGUGAUUGGCAUCCGUCAGCUUUCCCAGUCACUCCUGCCGGCCAUUGUGGAGCUGGCAGAGGACGCGAAGUGGAGGGUCCGCCUCGCCAUCAUAGAGUACAUGCCCCUGUUGGCAGGACAGCUGGGAGUGGAAUUCUUUGAUGAGAAACUCAACACCCUUUGUAUGGCCUGGCUUAUUGACCACGUGUAUGCCAUCCGUGAAGCCGCCACCUGUAACCUGAUGAAGCUAGUGGAGAAGUUUGGAGCUGAGUGGGCUCAGAACACCAUCGUGCCCAAAGUGCUGGGCAUGGCCAACGACCCCAAUUACCUCCACAGGAUGACCACACUGUUCUGUAUUAACGCUUUGUCAGAGGCAUGUGGCCAGGACAUCACCACAAAGCAGAUGCUACCAGUGGUCCUCAAGAUGUCCAAUGACCAGGUGGCCAAUGUUCGCUUCAAUGUGGCCAAGUCCCUUCAAAAGAUCGGCCCCGUCCUUGACAGCAAUGCCCUUCAAGCAGAGGUGAAGCCAGUGCUGGAGAAGCUGUCUACAGACACAGACAUGGACGUCAAGUACUUUGCCCAGGAGGCUAUCAGUGUUUUGGCCCUAGCAUAAAAACAACCCAACAUGGCUAAACCAGGCAACCACCCGAAACAACAACGCAAACACUUUUACAAGAUAUUUAUUGAUGUGCAGGAACAACUGGUUAAUGUAUAGAGAAAGCUGUUAACAAUUGUUUUAUCUGUUUUCUUUUUUCCUUUUGUUUACUGUCCAAUGGUAGACCAUGUCCAGGCAUAGCACAGAAUUCUUCUUUAACCUUCCCCUUGCUGUAAAUGGGUGCUUUUUAACAAGGCAAAGUGUGAUGAAUUUGCAUUAAGUGGUGCAUGCUGACUAAUGUGCUUCUGUACUAGCUAGGCAUCGCUAACCAGAACCCCUCUCACAUUCCUCCCUUAUAACAUCCUUGGCCAACGUUGCGCUUUAGCCAGUCUUUGCAGCAUACCACAUGUCUGUGUCUGCUACCUAGGACCACGUUAGCUCUCUGUGCUGCUGCGCUUUCUUCCUAAAACUACACGCAAACUCUGAGCAGCAGAUGGUUCAACAAGCUGUUAGUGUUAUCCUGAGUAGCACUCUCUUCCUGGAGACUCAGUUGUGGCUCUCCAGAGAAGUGAUUGAAAGGUCUGUUCAGACUUUUUUUUUUUUCUUUUCCCCACCAGACCAAAGCUGCUGCGUCACCUAAAUGCUAUACGGGAUUGUUCUGUACAAACUCUGACAAAGAAAUAACAGGGUGUCCAUUACUGCAUGUAAUCUGACCAACACUCUAAGUGAUUGCAUGUACUAAUCAAUCUCAAAUGGCAUCCUUUUUCCCAACUCUAUCCACCAGACUGCCCUGUCCUUCUGAACAGUUCGUUCUGUGCAGCAACACAGAUUGAAUUGAUCUAUCAAAUGAAUUACCUCGGCCCACUGUAACAGGGACCAGCUCGGUCGUAAAGUGUUGCUCAUAAUUAACCCUCCUCCAAAUCCUUAGUGAUUUUGUUGAUGUGCUACGGUGGGAAGUUUUAGUCAGUUGUGAUUUUUCUGCAAUAUGUUCUCGGCAUCGCUCUUAAUCUUUGUGCCAACGACUUUGAGAAGCAGUGGUGUUUUCUUUUAGUAUGCCUGGGUAAACAGUUUUCACCUGUCCUGUUCUGUAAAGAGACAUUGUUCUUUUUCUGUAAGGGACACUUUAGUCCUCAGAUGUUAAAACAAAAUUGCCGAUGGCUGUCAGGGCUAAGCCAUGUCCUGUAGCCACCCAGCUUUCCCUCAAUCCAUGUCCAAGUCCUCCACUGUACAUGAGAUUUAAAAGCAUAAUGUCAGCAAACAUGAAGCACCACCCGACAAUUCACUGCUUGCAAAUCUCUCUACACGAUGGAGAACAAGUGCAUGCUUUCAAAGAAAGUGGGGUGGGGGGGACACAGAGCAUGUGUACGUAAGGCUGCAUAAUGUUUUAUUAUUGGGUGGGAGCUGGGGCGGUUAUGGGCGGGUUGAAUAAAUGUAUCGUCUGUUGAUAAAAGAAACUUUUGUCUUACCCUCAACUAGUCCCGCUGUUCCCUUCUCUUCCACCCUCCCCUCUCAUUUUGUUCUCUUGAAUAAACCUAGAUUGUUGAUUGUCCUGUAUCAAGAAGACUGUGCUUUUAUUUUUAUUUUGAAUUCUCUUCACAAUUGGGAUGCUGUACUACUGUAUCUUGAUCUGAAUAAAGUAACACAAAGGAA